GAGACCCCGUUCCUCCCUUAGGCACUCUUGCUCACAGUCCACGAUGGCUUGGUCCUCGGUGUUUCUUGGUGUUGUCUUGCUGUCUGCCUUCCCAGGUCCUAGUGCCGGGGGCUACCCGAUGCCCAAGCUGGCUGACUGGAAGCUGUGUGCUGACGAGGAAUGCAGCCACCCCAUCUCCAUGGCCGUGGCCCUUCAGGACUACGUGGCCCCCGACUGCCGUUUCCUGACCAUACGCCAGGGCCAAGUCGUGUAUGUCUUCUCCAAGCUGAAGGGCCGAGGGCGGCUCUUCUGGGGAGGCAGCGUUCAGGGAGAUUACUAUGGAGACGUAGCUGCUCGCCUGGGCUAUUUCCCCAGUAGCAUUGUUCGCGAAGACCAGACCCUGAAGCCUGGCAAAACUGAUGUGAAGACAGAUAAAUGGGAUUUCUACUGCCACUGAGCUCAGUCUACCGCUGUCUCGGCU